AUGCCUACUUUCCAGAAGCCCCCCCAGGCGGCUUUGAUCGAUUAUGAGUCCACUCGAUCUUUGCACGAUGAUGUCUCAUAUUCGGCCUACGGUCAGGCACCAUACGUGACCUCCACCCCCCUUGUCCCAUCGCCUAUGACCGACCAUACCAGCCAGAUGUCGGAUUGCGUCCCCUACAUGGGAAACCAGGAAUAUGCCAGUUCCUACGAAGAAGGUCGCUCACCGAUGCUGACGGGGGAUCCUCGCCCGGUCCCGGAGAUCGUCUCUUAUUCGCCCCAGAGAGGCUCCGAAGGAACAAGGGUCUUUGUUCAAAUCCAGUCCCCGUUCGAUCUCCAUGAAUCGUCUUAUGCAUCGCUCUCUCUCGUCUUCGGCGCGAAGAAAUGCGAAUGCAUCCCGCACUUUCUCGGGUUUCAAGGCUCCUCUUUCCAGUACGGCUUUUCCGUCGAGACACCCCCCCUCAGCUCUACCUGCUCUCCUUCAUUUGCAGUCCCUCUGCAGGUUCUCAUGGAUUCACAUGACGGUCCGGCUACGACCCUCCAGGUUGGAGUUUACACGUAUGAGCAUGGUGCCGUUCACCCGCCGUCAGAUGACGCUCGGAAGAGAGGACCAUCGUCGUACUCCGAGGAUGCCCUUCAUAGAGUCCCGAAGAGAGUCAUUGGGCAAUCGAUGGCCCCGAAAGACCAAUCGCCAGUAUCCGCAGCCUCCUACUCGCCCUAUCUGCACUCUUUGCCGGCGAUGAGUGGCUUUGCCGCCCCCUAUCCAUCGGCCUCUUCGCCCCGGGCGACCUCGACUCAGUAUUCCACCAUGUCAGCAACGUCGCAACCCUCGAUCCGAGCACCUUCGCCCCUAACUUCCACAUGGAGUCCCUCUAUUGUUUCUGUGAGCGCUGGCGAUCAUCGGAACCCUUCUUACGUUACCAGCCAUGGGUACCGUCAGCAGAAUACUCAUUCGCCGAGCCACUAUGGCACGAAUCCUCAGCUGAUUCGCACGUCGACUUUGCAGCAAUCGACUGGUAUGGGCCAUACACCGGCUUUCAACCCAUAUGCCAUGUACCCCACAAAAGCUGUGUUGAAGUUGAAUGGCGACUUGGACAGCAUGACCGAGAACUGGUGCAAGGAGGAACGCGAUGCCAAACGUCGACUGGUCCAAUUUACCCGUGCGCAGAGAGGCAGUACUAUUGUUGCAGACUUCGCGCCAGUAUCCCUCGAAGAUCGGGCUCCGAACAGUAUCUGCAUCAGCUGCAUAUACUGGGAGGGAAAAGACGAGUGCUUCGUCACCAGUGUCGACACGAUCUAUCUACUCGAGUCGUUGGUGGGUGUCCGAUUCACCGUCGAGGAAAAGAAUCGCAUCCGACGAAAUCUUGAAGGGUUCCGACCUCUGACGGUCUCUAAGGCCAAGGCAGAGAGUGAAGAUUUCUUCAAGGUCAUCAUGGGAUUUCCUGCUCCCAAACCCCGGAACAUCGAGAAAGAUGUCAAGGUCUUUCCAUGGAAAAUCCUUACUCAUGCUUUGAAGAAGAUUAUCGGCAAAUAUUCGGCAAGCUAUUCUUCGACCGCUGGGGCUUUGUCCACCCCGAUCAGCUCCACGUAUGCGAGCACCGGAGCCGCCUCUGACUCCGGCACGGAACCUCACACUGCCCCAUCUCCUCAGUCUGUUUCCGACACCGCUGCUCCCAGCGCAUAUGGCCCUCCAUUGGCGGCUCCUGCGUAUACUACUCCUGGCGAUCAUGGCGGGCCUGCGGAGAUUCGACAUGGCUUGCCCUCGCUCAGCCCCUCAUACCACUCGGUUGCUGCCCCCAAUUAUUAUUCUGCAGCCUGUCAACAGCCGGGUCAGGUGGGCCUCCCUGCGCCGAGCACGCGGGCUUGGGAGUUAAAUUCCAUGCUCAGCCCUCCGCUUGCCAGCGGAGCUUCGAGCACCACGCCCGUAUACAACUAUAUGCCAUAUCCUGUCUCAGGUUCGCACGGGCAUUGA